ACAAGGUUAGAUUACGUUUCCGACAUUUGAGUAUAUAAAGUUAAAUUUUGCGCUCCAAAUAUCAUUCUACUCCUCAAACCUAAAGUAACAACAAUGGCAAUUAAAAUCGCAGUAGUAUUGUGCCUCUUUGGUCUGGCGCGCGCAGGCCAUCUAGCCGGAGGAUCUGCACUUGGAUACUCGACCGGUCUUGGAUACAGUACUGGCCUCGGCUACGGUGGAGGUCUGGGCUACGGAUCUGGUCUUGGUUACACAUCGGGACUCGAUCAUGGAGCGGGUAUCGGAUACGCCGGAUACGGACACGGUGCUGGUUUAGGUUACGGUGGUCUCGGAUACGGUAGCGGAUACGGCUCCCUCGGUUAUGGUGGAUACGGUGGAUACAGCGGAUAUGCUGCGCCCGCUAUAUCCACUGUGUCAGUCAAGAGAUAUUCAACCCCCGUCGUGGCAUACUCUACCGGAUACGGCGCUCAUGGUGCAUACGCCCCGGCUGUGGGUUAUGGCGGCCACGGAUACGGUGGAUACGGACAGGCUUACGGUGGAUACGGCAAGUGGUGAAUAAUUAAAUUGUAAAAACGAAAUAAAUCAAUAUCAAUAUCAA